AUGCUCCAGCUCUUCUCCUUCCUGGAGCGCUACUCCCAGCUACAGCAGCUGCAGGAGAAAGCCGGCGAGUAUCGUUCGCGCCUCCACUGGCAGGAGGGCCGUUGGCGCCGGCAGAUGCGGGGGCUGAAGAGGGCCUACCAGCAGCGGGUGAAGGACAAGCUCAGCGUCAUCCAGAGCCUGGAAGCCAUCAUCCUGGAGCAGCAGGGCCUUCUGGAGAAGGUCCAAGCAGGCUCAAAGCCGCCAUCCCCUGGGCUGCUCUGCCCCGUGGCCCCCAGGGGCCUUCAGCAGCUGGUGGAGUCCCUCACUGCCCUCCAGGGAGAGCGGAGCCACCUGGCCGAGGAGGUGGUGGGUCUCCAGCAGCGGGUGGAAGAGCGAGAGAGGGAGAAGCAGCAACUGGCCAAGAGCCUCCACCACCAGAUCCAAGGCCUGAAGCAGCAGAUCCGGGCGCAGGAGGAGGAGGAACAGGAGCAGCUGCGCCUGGGCCGGGCGCUGGAGGCUUUGGCCAACGCGGAGGCACAGAACAGGGCCCUCAUGCAACAGCUGUCCUCCCAGGUGCAGCGGUGCCAACAGCUGGCGGAGCAGCUGCAGAGCUCGGAGGGGGCGGCGGCUGCCCUCCAGCACAAGAUCUCUGCCUACGAGAAGGAGGUCUCCGGGCUGCGUCGGGAGCUGCUGCACGAGAUCCGUCAGCUGGAGGAGCAGAAGGAGGCGGCUGUGCAGGAGGCUUCCCGGGAGGCCGAGGAGAGAGCCCAGCCCCUGCGCACGCAGCUGGCAGGAAUGAAGCAGCAUCUGCACACCCUCCGCCCCCUCCUCCAAGGGCUGCAGCUGGACUUCCGGAACAUCCAGGGGGAAAUGGGGAGUUUUGCCCACUGUUACAAAGCCGCUGUGGAGGAAGCCAAGAUGCAGAUGUUCUCCGUGAUCAGGGAAGUGGCGCAGAGCAGCCAGUGUCUGCAGGAGCGUUACCUGCGGGAGGUGCAGCUUCGCAAGAAAUACCACGACCAGCUGCUGGAGCUGAAAGGCAACAUCCGGGUCCUGUGUCGCCUGAAGCCGCUGACCGAGGAGGAGCAGCAACAGGGGGCUCCCGGGGGCCCCAGGGUAGAAGCCGGCUCGGCCGAGGAUGGCUCUGUGACCGCCAGCUACAAGGGGAAGGAGCACCACUUCAAGCUGGACAAGGUCUUCCUUCCCUGUGCCUCUCAGGAGGAGGUCUUCCUGGAGAUUGAGCCGGUGGUCCUGUCUUGCCUGCAAGGUUACAACGUUUGCAUCUUCGCCUACGGACAGACGGGCUCGGGGAAGACUUACACCAUGGAG